AUGUCAGGCUUGUCAAACUCAAAAUAUGUGAUGGGCAAGGGGAAGCUGGGGAUUUUUCUGUAUUUUGUUUGCACAGGGGCCACCAGUCAAAUGCUUCAAGAGCGGUUUCAACGAAGCGCAGAUAGAAUCUCAAAGUCAGUGCACACUGUUCUAGAAUGGCUUGUUGGCACUUUUUACAAGAAGUAUGUGGAUCUGCCCCUGGACCAGACACCACCAGAAGUCAAGUCCAAUCCCAAAUUCUACCCAUACUUCUGCAACUGUCGAGGAGCCAUUGAUGGGUCUCACUUCUGCACCUGGAUUGCAGCAGAGGCUGCAGCUUGUUACUGA